CAGCCUGUUACUACUUACUUCUUCCCCUCCCUUUCUCACCUGCUCACUCCUCACUCUCACUUAACUAAUUUCUUUCUUAAUUUAAAACCACUUAAUUUUAUCUUACUUUUCUAUAAUGAAUUUCAAUUUCAAUCCCUUUUCCCAAAAUCUUCAAUCUUAAGCUACCCACUUCCCAAUCCUCUUUCUAAUUACACUCUUCCCAAAUUUCAAAAAGUUCCUAAAAAAAUUUAGAAAAAACCCUAAAACCCUUGAAGAAUCUUCAUCUUCAACAAUGGUGUUGUUUAUGAAACUACCCAUUUAAAUUAAACAAAACCCCAUCAUUUCCCCUCUAUCAAUUUUCCCAAAAAGCAAACAAAAAAAACCUUCAAGUUUUUUCAUAAUGAGGAGGAAAAUAACUGUACAUUUUUUGGUUUUUUUGUUGGUGAUAAUUGUAAUCCCAACUGCAUUGUCCGAUCUUUCUUCAAGCAGAUCUGCAUUACUUUCGCUCUCCUCCGCAGUAGGUGGUCGCACCCUUUUAUGGAACACUACUUCAAAUUCUAACCCCUGUUCUUGGUCAGGCGUACAGUGCAAAAACGACGCCGUUCUAGGUCUCCAUUUGCCGGGAUUUUCUCUCUCCGGCGAAAUACCAAGUGGGGUUUUUGCUAAAUUAACAACCCUCAAAACUCUCAGCCUUAGGUUCAACGAAUUGUCAGGAAAUCUACCUUCAGAUUUGGGGUUAUGUUCUGAGUUGAGGAACGUUUAUUUGCAGGAUAAUAAAUUUGGGGGUGAAAUCCCUGAAUUUUUUUCAGGGUUGAAGAAUUUGGUUCGGCUUAAUUUGGCAAACAAUAAUUUCAGUGGUGAAGUUCCUCGUACUUUGAGGAAUUUGAGUAGGUUGAAGACUUUGUAUCUGCAGGAAAAUAAUCUGAGUGGGUUUUUGCCAGAAUUGAAGCUGAAAUUGGACCAAUUUAAUGUGUCUGAUAAUAAUUUAAAUGGGUCUAUUCCUGUUAGUGUUAGCUCAAUGCCUGUUACUGCUUUUCAGGGUAAUAAGCUUUGUGGAAAACCCCUUCAAAUUUGCCCUGGCCUUGCUGCAGGUACUGGUAUUUUGACUGGAGAACAAAGGAGGAGGAAGAAGGGAUUAUCUGGUGGGGCGAUAGCCGGAAUAGUAAUUGGAGCUGUGGUGGCAUUUGCUUUGAUUUUGAUGAUUAUUGUCUUUAUAUGUGGUAAGAAAAGAAGUAAGAGAAACGAUGCAGUUGAUCUUGCAUCAAUCAAUAAGCAAUUGGGUUACGAUAUCCCGGAGGAUAAGCCGCCUGCUGGGGGUGUCGAGCAUGGUGGUUAUGGUGGUGGGUAUUCAGCCUCCGCGGUGGCAAUGGCCACCACGAAUGGAAGUGCAAAAGCGGAAGAGAUGAAUGUUGGCGGUGUAACUAAAAAGCUGGUGUUUUUUGGAAAUGGGAUUGGUGGUAAAAUGUUUGAUUUGGAGGAAUUGUUGCGAGCAUCAGCUGAAGUUUUGGGGAAAGGUACGUUUGGAACAGCUUAUAAGGCGGUUCUUGAGAUGGGUACGGUGGUUGCUGUAAAGAGGCUGAAAGACGUGAUUCUCGGAGAGGUGGAAUUCAAAGAGAAGAUAGAAGCUGUUGGGGCAAUGGAGCAUGAGAAUCUUGUGCCUCUUAGAGCUUACUAUUUCAGUAGGGAUGAGAAGCUUCUUGUCUUUGAUUACAUGCCUAUGGGAAGCUUAUCUGCAUUUUUGCAUGGAAACAAAGGGGCCGGUAGAACACCACUAAACUGGGAAUUGAGAUCAAGCAUUGCCCUUGGAGUUGCUCGUGGUAUUACUUACCUCCAUUCCAAAGGCUCAAAUGUCUCUCACGGAAACAUCAAAUCAUCCAACGUUCUCCUCACCAAACUAUACGAACCCCGUAUGUCCGACUUCGGCCUAGCUCAGCUAGUGGGCCCGUCAUCAACUCCAACCCGUGUCAACGGCUACCGUGCACCCGAAGUUACCGAGCCACGCAAAAUAUCCCAAAAGGCCGAUGUCUACAGCUUCGGAGUGUUGCUCUUGGAGCUCCUAACGGGUAAAGUACCAACACACACUCUCUUAAACGAGGAAGGGGUUGAUCUCCCGAGAUGGGUACAGUCCAUUGUUAAGGAUGAUUGGGCUUCCGAGGUGUUUGAUCUGGAGCUCCUUAGAUACCAACACGCAGAGGAAGAGAUGGUUCAGCUCUUGCAGCUCGCAGUAGACUGUGCAGCUCAGUACCCUGAUAGCCGUCCUUCAAUGGUGGAAGUCACCAGCAGAAUUGAGGAACUCUGUAGUCCUAGCAUAAAAGAGAUUAGUGAUCCAACCACAACCACAUUCAUUGAUGCAGAUGACGGUUCUUCUCAUUAAAAACUCCGAAGAAUCCAAGAUUUGGCAUCAUCAUUAUUAGGGAUGACAAUUCGGGUCAAUGAGUCAGGUUCGGGUUUGGUUUCUGGUCGAUUAAUGGGUCGAUUUCAGGUCAUUCGGGUUUGGUUCAGGUCAGGUUCGGGUUUAUCUCAGGAACUUCAGGUCGGGUUUAUCGCAUCGAGUCGGAAUUGCCAGCCCUAAUCAUUAUCAUUGUAAGUAAGACCUCAGAUUCUUACAUUACGAAGAUUAUCAACUGUUUUCGAUUAGUCCAUUUUUAUUUUCUUAAGUUUAAGUUUUCGGUUCUGUAUUUUCGCUCUUUUUUUAGUUUCAAAUUUACUUGUGAAUGUGUUGUUAGAGAGGAUCUUUUUUUUCUUUUGGGGUGGCUGUAAUUAUUAGUAGUAGUGACCUUAGUGUGGUUUUCUGUUGGGUGUUGUUGUUGUUGUUGUUGCUGUUUCUGAAUGUGCUUUCACUUUACAGCAGAUUUCUUGCAUUUUUUUCUGGUAA